AUGAUAAAACUGGUAUAUUUUGGAACUGUGAUAUUUUUAAGUACAGUUCAUUUGAUUCAAAUACUACCAUUAAAAGAAUUAGAAGUUUCAAAUAUUUUGAAAAAUCUUCCAUUAAAUAUCGCUCAAAAUAAACUUCAAAUUAUUCCAUCUCGUAAAGAUUUUGAACAAGCAAAAUUGGAUCUAGCGAAUUUAAUUGAAAAAAGUCGAGUUGGUAGGGAUUUGACUUUAAUUGCAGGUACUGUUCGUCUUGCAUUUCACGAUUGUGUGGGCGAAGAGCACUGUGAUGGAUGCAUUGAAUAUACUAACCCUGAUAAUGCAGGUUUAGAUAAGAUUGUCCAACCUAUUGACAACUUGUAUAACAAUGGCUACAAAGGAAAAAUGUCAAGAGCAGAUUUUUAUGCUUUAGCUGCAGUUAUUGCUUUAACAAGAUCUACCGCUGAUGUUAAAGAUAAAUAUCAAGGUCUUAAAAAUUUUAAAGUUGGAAGAAAAGAUUGUAGUACAUCUCCAAAUGAAAAUAAACCUACAAAACUUCCUCAGGGAUCAUCAGGCUAUAAAGAAACUUUCAAUUACUUUAAAAAUGAAUUUGGUUUUAACGUAAAAGAUACAGUAGCUUUAUUGGGAGCUCAUACUCUUGGUAGAUGUUAUUCUAAAAAUUCAGGCUAUCAAGGUGUUUGGGAUAAUGAUAUCUUCAACAAACUAGGUUCAAAUCCAACAAAGUUGGCUUCAACAAGUGUGCUAGAUAAUUCAUACUAUGAUAUGUUCAUUAAAAUUGUACCAUGGAUUCAGGUAGAUCUUAAAAGCGGAAAAAAGCAAUGGCAAGAGAUUUUUUUUCCAACACCAAACGACCAAAUAAGCAAUAUAUCAAAUCAACAUCCUAUUUUGUUAAACUCUGACCUAGUACUUUCUUGGGAAAUCGAACCAAAAGACAAAAGCGGUACUUCAUCGUGUUUACUUCAUCCUUUUAUUACGUGUAAGCAUUCUGCCGGUCAUAAAUACGCCGCAGAGUUUGCGAUGAAUAAUGCACUCUGGUUAAAAGCAUUUACAGACGUCUUUAAUCGAAUGAUUGAAAAAAAUCCGUACAAAUUAAAAGCAGCGUCAACAUUAAAAUAA